AUGCCUGCACUGAGAAAGCGCCGCUCUCCAUCAACAGCUUCGCCCCAGCCAAAUCACACAAGAAGAGCAAAAAAGAUUACUUCAUUCCACCAUUAUGAGCCUCUAGAGCACCUCCAUCCGCAAAUCAGACUCCUGGAACUACUACCAGGAAAGCCCGGCAGCCGCAUCUCCAUCAAACUUCACACCGUCUCCCUCAACGACAAUCCCGAGUAUGAAGCCCUGAGUUACUGCUGGGGUCCUCCCAAGCCCUCAUACGAAAUCUUCAUCCACGUCAACAAUCACAACAACAAUGAGGCCAACAAAACAGAUCAACCAGCCGAGUCCCCAUUCUCCUUCACCGUCGGCCGUAACCUCCGAAAAGCCCUCGACGACCUCCGCCACCAAUCCCACCCUCGCCUGAUCUGGAACGACGCCAUCUGCAUCAACCAAAAGGACAACGUCGAAAAGGGCUACCAGAUCCAGCUCAUGCACGAAAUCUACUCUCGCGCCAGUACUGUCUGCGCCUGGCUCGACCACAACGUUCGGCCCAAAACCUCCGUCUUCGACGACCUGGAACUUCUCGGCAAGGGCGUAGAGCUGGACGACUUUCACGAUCCGUCGUACUGGUACCCCGUGGCGGACAUCUUUCGCAACGAGUACUGGCGCAGGCUGUGGGUUCAGCAAGAGCUCAUUCUGGCAACUAAAGUGGACGUGUACUGUCGGAGAGACGUCUUUUCUGGCGAACAGCUGCUAGAGUUCCAGCAAAAGGUCAAUGUCGUCAAGUCGCAGCGCACGAGGCUGGGCGGGCCGGAGUUUGUACUCUCGCGGUAUAUCGAUGGGAAUACCAGCGCUGAUCCCACGCCCGAGAUCUUUGGCGGAGGCGUCAUCCAGGCGAGAAUCAACAUGCAUGAAGGACGCAAAGCCCAGGAAGCCUACUCAUUGUCGUUGGCAUCGUCAUCUGCUCCUUCAGCACCACCGCCUUCUUCAGGCGGCCAAUCUCCAUCUCCCGCCCAAGGCUUCACAAUCACCAGAAGCCUGCUCGCUUCUUCUCUCCUAAACCUCUUCCUCCAAUCUUCCAGCGUCAGGAUGACCGAUCCCCGCGACCGCCUCUACGGCAUCCUCGGCCUCGCCACAGACAUUGCCCAAGACUACAAUCUCGAAGUCAGCUACGAAUAUUCCGCCAUCUGGGUCUACGCCCAAGUCUUCCGCCACUUCAUCCACCGCUACAAGAGUCUCAGCUUCCUCUGCUUCAACAAGAGCAAUCCCAGGGGCAGUUACACUCCCCGCAAGGGAUUCCCCAGCUGGAUGCCCCACGCCGACAUCGUCUGGAGCUACGUCAACGCCAGCAGAGCAUGUGGUGAUUUGCUCGCAACUCCUUUCAGUGUCUUCAUCGACCUAGAGACUCUAUAUCUACAUGCGCAAGGCAUCAAAGUCGACGCCAUAAAGCAUGUUUGUCUAAUCAACGGUGACGACCGUGGCUGGACGCCCAUCCCCGAAUGGCUCGACCAGAUAGAAUCCUUUUGCCGCAAAACAUGGCCUGACGCAGAUGAUUCCACCCCCCUGUACGAAAGAGACAAUGUCACCUCCUUAAUGUUCCCCUGCCUCAGCCCCAAACGCUACAAAAACAUGUGGAAGCUCGACAAACCCAGCCCCCAACGCCGCAUCCACCUCAUCCGCAGCCUCCUCGCCGCCGCCCAAAAGGCAGAUCAAAAGGAUCUUUCAACAGGGGACAUUAUCCGCGGCGGAUACACGCCCACGGACAUCAUCGCAUCAGACGUGCGCGAGGAGUGUCACCCACUGCAUGUGGAGAGCAAUGCCGUGGUGCUUUUUGGCACGGAGGGUUCGCGCGUGGGCAGCAUGGCGCGGACGAGCGAUAUCCGGGCCGGGGAUGAGAUUUGGGUCCUAUUUGGGUGUCGGAUGCCGAUUAUGAUGAGGCCGAAGAUGGAGGAGGGGAAGGCAUUAAGAUAUCAGGUUAUUGGGCCGGCGAUUGUUCCGGGAAUCAUGAAGGGGGAGGCGAUUAAGGGUAUCGAAGACCAUGAGACUACGGUUAUACUUGAAUAG